UAAAACUAUCAAAAUCUAAGUACCUAACCAAACUAUUUCGAGAUAAGGAAUAGUGAAUUCUGGACCCUGAAUUGGACAUUUGGAACACGACUCACUACUAUUGUGACUAUCGUGAUUUGGACUAACUGUCUAAGCUUGGAUAAUUUAUUAAUUUAUCAAAAUUUAAUUUUCAAUUUUGUAAUAUGCCUCAUUUCCGUUUGGAAACAAAUGUUUCUAAGUCUAAAGUAACACCAGAAAUAUUGAAAAAGAUUUCUACAGCCGUGGCCAAGACUCUUGGAAAACCGGAAUCGUAUGUGGUUGUGACUAUUGUGCCCGAUCAACUUAUGCAUUGGGAUGGAGAUGAUAAGCCCUGUGGUACUGCUACGUUAAUGAGCAUCGGUUCCCUAGGCGUUGAACAGAACAAGAAACAUGCAGCUGUCUUGUAUCCUCUUUUAAAAAAAGAGCUAGGCAUACCAGAUGACAGAUUAUACAUAACAUUUUCGGACCAAAGUUCAUCCAAUGUUGGUUAUUCUGGAACAACCUUUCAAACAAUUUUAGGAUAAUAAAUAUAAGGAGAACAAAAAACUACACUACAAUUUAUGACUUUUUUACUUUUCGUUUCACCUUCUAUGAUUAUCUAAGCUUUACAACCAAAUCCAAAAAAAAUUCAACAGAUUUAAAUUAAGAAAAAUAAACAUUUACAUUGAUUUA